CAUAUAUCAGAAAACAAGUACAUCCAAAAUAACCUCUACAUAAUAUGGCUCAUGAAUUUCUCAUAAAACCAAAAAUGGCAAAUACAAGCUGUAGUAGUACUGAUAGAAAUAAACAAGAAAAUUUAUACAAGUCAUGGAUGAACAAUCAACAAGAGGAACUAAAAGAGCUUCAAAACGCUGUUGCUCUAGCUCGAAAAAACGAGCGAAACGACGUCGAAUUGAAUGAGCUGCUGGCAAAAACGGUGCAGAACUUCCAGGGCUACGUGAAUGGCCGUAGUCGACUCGCACGAGUCGACGUAUCGCCAUUUUACGCGCCUACUUGGUGCACUCCUUUGGAGAACUCGGUCCUGUGGAUCGGGGGGUGCAGACCGUCUUCAUUCAUACGGCUAAUUUACGCGCUCUGUGGUAUCGAUAUUGAGUCUCGUCUCGCUGAGUACUUACAGGGUAUAAAGAUCGGCGAUUUUGGUCAGCUUUGUGGUAAGCAAAUUGUGAUGAUUGAUAAGUUGCAGAUACAAAUUAUUGCAGAAGAAAGGAAGCUUUCUUCAAGGUUGGCUAGCUUGCAAGAAGAUGUUGUUGAUCAACCGAUAGCCAAGGUGGCCAAAAAUUGUGACACUGAAGAAGGUGAAAAUGAAAAUGAGCCCUUAAAUAAACAUGCUCAUAGCAUGGCAAAUUUACUAGAAGAAGCUGAUGAGUUGAGGAUGAAGACACUAAAGGAGAUAUUGGGCAUAGUGACACCAAUUCAAGGUGUGGAAUACUUAGCAGCAGCAAAGAGAAUAAGGCUAUGUUUGCAACAAUGGGGCAAGAAGAGGGAACAAGAGCAUAGUAAUAAUUAAUUAACUAGAGAUCAAUUAUAUUAUGGUAUGGGAUUAGUGUUUGUUAGAAUAUUUAUUAUGCAUGCCUAAAUUUGUUGUACAUAUAUAUGCCAAAUCUUUGGUUUUUAUUUGGUUGAAUACAUU